GUGGCUACACCAACUGCCACUGGGGCAUCUGUUCAUUGCCUACAGGUUUUGGUCAUAGCCAUGUUGGCAAGAUUGAGCAGGCUGCUUGAGAGACAGAAGGGAGAGCAUAAUAAGACUAGAGGGAGGCAGAAGGAAUCUGGCCUUCAACCUCAGUGUCUCACAUCAAGACAUAAAUGGUUCUGGGGAAAACGCAGGGGUACCAGAAAGACAUCAACCCCAACCUCUGUUACUGGGCAGGAGCAGCAGAUGAACAAGGUGGAUACACUGACCCUUCAGUUUCAGAUGAAGACCCAAAAAAGGAAUGAACUUCAUGGAAUCCUGGCUAAUUAUACCAACAAGGACUUGAACAACAGGCUGGAUUUUGAGCUGGAGAUGGUGAAUAUGGAGCAUAAGAAAGUGAUGCUGGACCUGCAGAAAUUCCCCAAGGAGAUUAGAGAGGCCUUGUAUAAGUGCAAGGAGCUAACUGAGGAAACUGUCUCCUACAGCAUCCUCCACAACCAACUCCUGAGUGAGCGAACUCAGUUGAAGGAAAAAGUGAGCAUGUUGAGAGAGGAAAACCGAAAGCUACGGAGGGAGCAGAUUUCACUGCAAGAGUGCUGUGAGAAGGUGAAGAAUCUCUGUGAUGAGGCCCAUGAGAAGAUCUAUGAGCUAUGUGCCGAGGAGAAGCAGAAACAGGGAAAAUUGGAGGAAAGACUACAAUACCUGCUGAAGCAGAGGGAUCUGGUCACCAAGCAAAUAGUCUUGGCAGAAAAGCUGCAGAAUCAUUUUGCUGUCUCCAAGAUGAGCUCCGCUUUGGAGAAUUGAGGAGGCUGAAGGAAGCUUCGCACAUCCUCCACUCUAGCAGCAACACCUACUGAAAAACAGACCCCUCCUUGUAGCUGUGAACAAACCAGUGAGGAAAAUCUCCACCUAGUGCGGGGGAUCCAUCCCCAAUCUGAUUUAAGUUCUAUUGGUGCACUAUCCCUGGAGAAAGGAAGUCAUCAGAAAGAAGCCUGAGAUUCAGAGGACCACCAAGAAUUACUCAGAACCCCGACAUCGGUCAGCAGGUGGACCCUGAGUGGCGCACAGCAGCAUGGGGAGGAUAUGCUGCUGGGCAAGGCUUACUCUGCCAGUUUACUCUCCAUGUCUUUAGUAAGCCGGCUGGGCACUCCAUAUGUGGUGAGGAAUCUCACUAGAAAGACUGUACUGAUGCCGUGCUGUAGUCUGUACACCUCAGGGAAAAGAACAGGAUUCCCUCUCCUGUGCAGUGCUGAGGUGGACUCCAUGUCACAGGAAAGUGCUGCUGAAAAUAACGCACUACAGAGACUACAGCAUCGCUCACCUGUGUUAGUCAUUGGAUCGUCCAUAAAGAAAGUGUGUGUGGAUUCUCCAGUUUCACAGCCUGGACAGACGGGCAGGUCAGUCCUGACUAAAAAUUUAUAGAAGAGGACAAGUCACCUUUGGUGUCCUUAGGGAGCCAGAUACUCUCGGUAGUUUUGUUGAAUCUAGAGUUAGAGAAUACUUUUAGCUUAAUUUCUGGGUGGGUUUCUAGUUUGGGUUUGGAUUUUGUUCGCUUGAGUAUUCUUUUCUUUGCUUUGGCUUAAAUUUUGUUGGUUUUGGUUAAUUUUUUUCUUGUUUUAAUAGUUGGCUAAAGCUCUACACUGUAUAUACUGACUACCCUUUCUAAAGCCCCAAUUAAAUAAAAUGACUUAUUUUUAUGAAUAUAAA